AGCCCCGCCGGGCUGGCGUAGGCUGCGCGCUCGGGGUGGGAGGGGCGCGGCGCCGCGUCUGGAGCCGCCGCGGUCCCUAGUCCACCCGCCUGCGGCCCGCGGGUCCCUCCUGCAGCCCGCCUGCUGGGCAGGGCCGGCGCGGCCCGGCCAUGGAGUCCUACGACAUCAUCGCCAACCAGCCGGUGGUCAUCGACAACGGUUCAGGGGUGAUCAAGGCUGGCUUUGCAGGAGACCAGAUUCCCAAAUACUGUUUCCCAAACUAUGUUGGGCGCCCCAAACACAUGCGGGUGAUGGCUGGAGCCCUGGAGGGGGACCUCUUCAUUGGACCCAAAGCAGAGGAGCACCGGGGACUGCUAGCCAUCCGCUACCCCAUGGAGCACGGUGUGGUGCGAGACUGGAACGACAUGGAGCGCAUCUGGCAGUAUGUCUACUCCAAGGACCAGCUGCAGACCUUCUCUGAGGAGCAUCCUGUUCUUCUAACAGAAGCUCCACUCAACCCUAGUAAGAACCGGGAGAAGGCAGCAGAGGUGUUCUUUGAGACCUUCAACGUACCGGCCCUGUUUAUCUCCAUGCAGGCUGUGCUUAGUCUGUACGCAACAGGACGCACAACUGGAGUGGUUUUAGACUCAGGGGACGGGGUCACGCAUGCUGUCCCCAUCUACGAGGGCUUUGCCAUGCCACACUCCAUCAUGCGGGUCGACAUCGCUGGCCGUGACGUCUCCCGCUAUCUCCGGCUACUUCUGCGAAAGGAAGGAGUCGACUUUCACACCUCGGCUGAGUUUGAGGUUGUCCGGACCAUCAAAGAGCGAGCCUGCUACCUGUCCAUCAACCCGCAAAAGGAUGAGGCUCUGGAGACAGAGAAGGUGCAGUAUACCUUGCCAGAUGGCAGCACGCUCGAUGUGGGGCCAGCGCGAUUCCGGGCUCCCGAGCUGCUGUUCCAGCCAGACCUGGUAGGGGACGAGAGUGAGGGGCUCCAUGAGGUCCUGGCCUUCGCCAUCCACAAGUCCGACAUGGACCUUCGCCGGACGCUCUUCGCCAAUAUUGUGCUUUCUGGGGGCUCCACGCUUUUCAAAGGCUUUGGUGACCGGUUGCUAAGUGAAGUGAAGAAGCUUGCCCCGAAGGAUGUCAAAAUCAAGAUCUCCGCCCCCCAGGAACGGCUGUACUCCACAUGGAUCGGUGGCUCCAUCCUGGCCUCGCUGGACACUUUUAAGAAGAUGUGGGUAUCCAAAAAGGAGUAUGAAGAGGAUGGCUCUCGUGCUAUUCAUCGUAAAACCUUCUAGUGCCCAGGAGGAGGGUGUAGUGUGCUGGGAGGAUGGGGAGAAAGGGGUGCCAGAGCCCUUGACCCUCUCUGGCGUGGGCUCACACACUCGGCCUCGGUCCCCUGCAUGCCCGAGUCCCUGGCAGGUGGUGCAGCAAUGCUUCCCUGCAGCCCCCAACACACACACAUACACACACACACACGCACGCACACGCAUGGAUGGGAGUCUUGAGUUGGAGUGUAGGAACUGAGGAGCCCAGCUUUGGGUUGUUCUGGGCCUUACCCUUGGCAGGGCUAAUUAAGCCUGUGGUUCCUUGCUCUGACCCUCAGGGCUGCAUCCCUGAGCUCUAAGGCCAAACACCCAAUGCCCCCUUUCCUCUAACAGGAUCCUUUCAAGGGCCCAGAGUGCCUGGAUGCCUGUGUAACUAGCCUUGGGGGGUGGGGAGGAGGAGGGAGCAGCUCCUUGCUGGUGCAUCUCUGCUUCCUCGCCUGACAGAUUAGCCCAGAGGGCCCAACCUAGACAUCCCUGACCCUUUCACUCUCUCUUCCUGAGCGGAUGUGUUGGUGUAGACUGAUGCUGGGCAGUCUGCUGUCCCCAGUGAGGGGUUCUGGCCUGGGGUCCAACCCUUUGGAGCCAGACAGAGGAUGUAGGGGGUUUGGGCAGCCACAGUUGGUGGCGCUCACCCUAAGCACUUCAUUGACCCACUGCCUCUCUCCUUUACCCCAGUACCCUGGACAGAGAAGGGUUUGUGGUCUUCAUUUGCAAUGGGGAAGCCAUAAUCAGGAGUCAGACCUAGAAGGUGGGAAGGGGGCACAUUUACUUCGACCUUCCCCCCAAGAACGAGGUCUCCAUUUACCCUGUGGCCAGGACCCAGCUCCCUCUCCCAGAUAUGUAUAAUAAUUUAACACAGUUGCCUGAAAAAAAAACUUUUUUUGUAAAUCAUUAUAGUAAUAAUUAUGGACAAAACCCAGUGUGUGGCUGUUUUCUUGUGGUUCUUUGUGCU